ACAAGAGUGUAGUGUACUAAGUGUGGUGAGUUUCCAUGGCUAGGGCACAUCUUAUAUCUUCUCCUAUCGUCUGUUCAGUGACAAAUGGUGAUUUUUGGGUCAGGAAACUCUCCUUCAAGAGCAUCUCCUGUGCAAGUUCUGGUGGAUCAAAAGCUUCUAAGCACAAUAUAAAAGCUCAAAUACAGUAUAAUCCUUUGAGGUCUCAACAAUCACCUUUUAAUCAUUACUACAAAAGCAUUGAAAAAGGAGCAACAUAUGAAGAUAGCAACAAAAGUUAUGUUGUAAAAGCCGUCACUGUACCAUCUUCUGAGUCAGAAUCUGAAGCUUCCAACUCCAAAAACAUUGUUAAUUCUGUCAAAGAUUUCAUGCUCGUUUUAUACCAAUUUAUUUACCCUUACACAGUGUAUGCUCGAACAUCAGCAUCAAUUUCUGCAUCUCUCAUUGCAGUAGAAAAACUAUCAGAUAUAUCUCCAUUGUUUUUUAUUGGUUUGUUACAGGCUGUGCUUCCUCACUUGUUCAUGGAUCUUUACGUUAAUGGAGUGAAUCAAUUGUUUGACUUUGAAAUAGAUAAGAUAAACAAACCAUAUCUUCCAUUGGCUGCUGGCAAAUUAUCCUUCAGAACUUGUGCCUUUAUUGUUGCCUCAUCUGCAAUUUUGGGUUUAGGGCUUAACUUGAUGAUAGGUUCUCCUGCAUUGAUUUGGAACUUUGUGCUGUGCUUUAUAUUAAUUACUUGCUAUUCAGUCAAUCUGCCGUUGUUACGAUGGAAGCAAUAUCCGGUGCUGGCAGCAUUAUUUACGAUUAUUAGUUGGACAUUUAUAUUUCCAAUUUCAUACUUCCAUCACAUGCAGACGUUUGUGUUCAAGAGACCAGCUGUGUUUACAAGAUCUUUGAUUGUUUCUCUGCUGUUCUUGACUUUCUACACUACUGGUAUAGCAUUAGCCAAGGAUAUACCAGACGUAGAGGGAGAUAUAAAACAUGGCGUUGAUUCUUUCGCAGCACGUUUAGGCCAGAAAAAUGUAUUUUGGAUUUGUGUUUUCCUUCUCGAAAUGGCAUUUGGAGUUGCCUUUUUUGCUGGAGCAUCAUCUUCGUCUCCCUUUUUGAUUAAAUUUGUCACGGGUCUAGGAAAUGUUGCUCUUGGUUCGAUUCUCUGGUACCAGACAAAAUAUGUAGAUGUGACAAGUACCGCUUCCACUAAAUCCUUCUAUUCAUUUAUCUGGAAGUUGAUGAUGGCGGCACAGCUUCUCCUGCCUUUAAUUAGAUAAGGGGUGUCACUCAAGAUUAAAACAUAUGUGUUCUCUAUAGACGGAUGAGUUUUGUAUUACUAAGUUUUUUUUUUUUUAAUUGUGUGAUGAUUUGCAGUAUCUAUAUCGAGCUUUAUCUCUAUAUACACAUCUUUCAUAGAUGGAAUAAGAAAAUAGAAGCAACUUUGUUAUGAUAUGAUUACACUAAAGAAUA